UAAAUCAUAAUUGCGAUCGGUGCGCGCGUGGACCGCUCAGAGCUUCGGCAAGUUGAUAAAAGGAUUAUCGACGCGAUUCCAAUCGCGAAAUUCUAACGGUAACGGGUCAAACAGUGCGACGACGAGGCAACGCGACGGCACGCGUAGAUUCAAUCAGUUUAAAGGUGCCGCACAGUUGAUAAGUCGGUGAUGAGUGCCCAGCAAAUGCUACUGUUUUCCCCGGAUUUCCAGCACCCGCCUUCGCCACCGAACGGAACCACCGAAUCGCCGAGUUUUGAGGUACCUGAGCAGGAAUAUGAAGACCCGUUCUGCGUGCCGGGCAAACCAAGCGUUGUUCAGUUUGCUGACAUCACAUCUGCAGCUUUCAAAAUCAGAGACGGAAUUGUGAGAACACCAUGUAUGAAAUCUCAUCUCUCAGAAUUGACUGGAAUGGAAAUAUUUCUCAAAAAAGAUUUCUUACAGUUUACCGGCAGUUUCAAAGAGCGAGGAGCAAGUUACGCUCUGAUGAAACUUACGACGGAGCAGAAAAGCGCUGGAGUGAUCUCAGCCUCCCUCGGGAACCAUGCGCAAGCUCUCUCGUACCACGGCCAAAGACUCAAAAUCCCGGUGACUGUGAUCAUGCCCAUCGUGGCUCCCAUCAUGAAAAUCCAGUCCUGUCGCAACCUUGGCGCCAACGUCGUCGUCCAGGGCAAGAACAUGAAGGAAGCCAAGCUCAUCGCCAUGAAACUCGCCAAGGAAAGAAGCCUCGUCUAUAUUAACGGAUACGAUCACCCGGAUAUAAUCGCUGGUCAAGGAACGAUAGGUUUGGAGGUUGUCGAUGAGGUUCCAAACAUCGAUGCCAUUGUUGUACCUGUUGGUGGAGCCGGACUUAUCGCCGGGGUAGCACUGGCUGUUAAAACACUCAACCCUCACAUCAAAGUCAUUGGUGUUGAAUCAGAACGGUGUGCGAGUUUCUCAAAAGCAGUGGAGAAUGGUGGUCCAGUGAUGUUAGAUAUCGAAUCAACUCUUGCAGACGGUCUGGCCGUCCCAAUGGUGGGUUACAACGCAUUUGCCACAGCCGCGCCCCUCGUAGAUCGAACAGUAGUGGUAAAAGAAGAAUGGAUAGCUAUUGCAAUCUUGCGGUUGGUCGAGUUGGAAAAAUGCGUCGUAGAAGGAGCAGGAGCUGUUGGAUUGGCAGCGAUUUUAGCCGGACAGUUAGAAGAACUAAGAGGAAAGCGAGUCGUUUUAUUACUGUGCGGAGGUAACAUCGACACCACAAUCCUAGGUAGAUGCCUUGAGAGAGGAUUGGCCGUAGAUGGUAGGCUAAUGAAGUUUUCCGUGAAUAUUAGCGAUAGGCCGGGAGGCAUUGCUGAGCUGACAAGGUUGUUAGCCCAACUGGAAGUUUCUAUUAAAGACAUAAUCCACGAACGCGCCUGGGUCACUUCAAACGUAUUCGGAGUUAAGGUUACAGUCAUGUGUGAAACGAGAGACGAAGACCACGCAGCUCACUUGAAAACCGUCCUGAAAGAAAACUACAAGCAAGUGACAUUCGAAGAAUUGCCAAAAUUCCAGGCUCCAUUAUUAUAAAACUGUGACUGCCUGAUUUCACGUCAUGAUGUGUUUAAAAAAAUGUUCGUUUUUUUUAAAAAUUGCCACUCUUUGGGCCUUUCCCAUGGGCAAUUUUGUCUUUAAUAUGAUCUCGAAGAAUGCGCGCUGUAAGCCAGGUCACGAAGUCCACCUGCAAUAUGCUCAUAUUAUGCAUGUGUAUAAGUAUUAUAAUUUUCACUGCAGACCAGGCAUAUUUAAUUUAAAACCAGAAAUCAAAAACUUGAGUCAGAGUGCUCAAAACUUAUAAUCUUUUUGAGCUAGAAAUUGCAUCAAUUAGUGCGUGCACCUCAAAUGUAUUUCUAUGGCUCAUUGUUCAGUAGAAGAAAUAUGUUUUACCUGAGCAAUAACAUCACCUAUUAUACUGAGUUGCUUGAUGAUCCACUACCUUCGGAGGCUGUAGAUCAUUGUUGGAACUGGAUCGAUUUCUGUGGUUUAACCAACCGAUGAACGAUAGUUCCUUCACUCAGCCAAGUCACCUUUCUUAAACUUAUAAAUUAUGUUUUUUACCAAGAGACAACUUGGAACUAGAACAGACAGCGUCCCAGUCCGAGGACCUGUCAUUGCAUUUCUAACUAUAAGGAAUUGGGUGAUGCACCUACUUUUACAAUAAGUGGCGUCACUUUUUAUUUGUUUAUAUAUUUUCAAUUCAUCUAUAGCAUUUAUCCAUGUUCUUUGUGUUCAUAGUUACCGCCUUUUACCUAAAUGUCUCACUUAAAUUCUCAUCUUUUUAAAAAGUUCAUUGUUUUAUUCUUGUUAUUAUAAAUUAAAAAUAAAGAAAUCGUGAGAGACGCUUUUGUCCAGACGGUCAAAAAGAGAGCUCUCCAUGAAUUACA